CAAAAUUAUGUCACAGGAAAAGAUAAAGGAGAGGAAUCCAUUCCGAGUGCAGAGAUCGUCCAUGAAAUGCAAAUGUGGACCCAAGGAACUACAGCACAGGAAGCUUUUGAUGUGUGGCCACAUUAUAAAAUCGGAGAGACAUGGUCAUGGACGGGCACGGGGUAUUGUUGAAACUGAGAGAGAGUGACAGGGUGAAAAAAGUCUGGUACAGCACUCCUCGCUUUUGUGCCUGGGUGUCUUGAUGUACAGUUGUUAAGGACGCGGGAUUUAGAAUGAAGCCAGAUUGUCGUCCACAUGUUUACGCGGCCACCGACUGUUUGGCAAGGGGUUUGCGUAUAGAUACCGGAAUUAGUUUCAGGUCUCGGCUUGAAGGCCGUCAAUACGAGUUGUCAGAGCAACAUGACGCACGCAAUUACAUGGCUUUCCUACACCCCUUCAGGCAUCGGGUUGGAACGAGCGCGGCGUGUGAGCGCAGUGGCGAGGAUUGGAAUGACAGGAGGGCGAAUUAUGGCUGCCCUGGCGACACUUCUUGUCGUGCUUCAUGGUGUCGCAGGGUUUGAGGUUCCCGUCCGUAAGCAGAAUCAGACCACUGCCAUUGGAAGUUCCGAGACCGACGUUCACACGUCCGAGCAUAACCCCGUGUCCUCCAGGGAAGCAGAGGCCGUUCUCAAGAAGAACAGCACAACGAGGUAUGAUGAAUCGACGAGCCAGCGUCUUCAUAAAGAUAGCUCCCUCUCCAGCUCGGACUCACCAGUUGACGAACAAGCAUUGGUAAACAUAGUUGCGGAGCACCAGGAUGAGCCGACCAAUAAGUUGCUGCGAAGCACACGACGGGACCAGCACGAUUCUGCUGCGCCGGUGGAGGUUCUGGCCAUCGAUGAUGGUGGCGGAGUGCGUGCAGACCAAAAGAUGUUGAAGCCACGUAGUAAUCAAGCGCAGCGCAGCGAGGACGUCGCAAACAAAACGGAAGAGGAAGUAGGAACUUUUCAGAAAGAACCGCAGUCAUUCUCCUCCUCUGCUGAUCUUCGUACGAAAAAUAAAGUGCGGGACGGAGCAGGGUCGUCUGGAAGAAGUCGGGCACAAACCGCAACCUCGGAGUUGUUCUUGGCCCAGGAUGAGGAACAGCCGGUGCCGGUCAUCAUCUCCUAUGCAUUGCAAAAGUAUCAUAGUCGUAUAAAUGCAUUAAUACAAAUUUCCUCAGCAUGAGAAAUAAAAUUUGCAAUGCUGAUCUGCUUCAACAAGAUGAUUUGUAAUGCACGGCUGCAAUACGAGUGCGAUACUUUUGCACAGAAUAUCUCCAACCUCGACUACAUCAAAAACAUCAAGACAUCCAGCGACAGCAAGGACCAACUCUUCUCCCAGCUGGAGGACGAUUUCGACAAUCCUGUGACGAUAUCCUGUGCAAAAGUAUCGCACUCGUAUAAAUGCAAGUCUUGCAUUACAAAUCUUGCUCUUAAGGUAAAUCCGCAUUUACAAAUUUUAUUUUUCAUGCUGAGUGAUAGAACACAGAUACUCAGAAUACUAUAGCCGUGAUAGACUAAGAGCAUAUGCACCCGCUUCACUCACCUGAGUGGAUUUGAAAGAGUCACUCCCUUCAUGGAAGGUUCUACUCCUCGGAGGUCAUUCAUGUCAUUUCGUGAUCAUCUUUCUUGUCAUUUGGAUCUCUCGCUUUGCUCUUAGAUCUACAAUGUAGGUCGUAUUCUGAUCCUUCCCUACAUUCCCCCUCUGAUUGAACCAAGUCCAGAAGCAAGACGGCCUGCUAGGUGUCAAGUGACUCCAAGCAUUGCCUGAUUGCUACUUGCGACUUCAAUCCUAGAGCAAAUGAGAAAGGACCCGAGCAGCGGCUGGAUCGUGUCAGGGUCUGAAGAGUACAUCCACCAACUCAACAGAUUCGAACUCUCGUAACCAAAUGGCUACGGAAUACCGGUCUGAUGCGCCAAAAACCCCCGCAGAUACCCUGCUACCCGCCAAGUGACUCCAGAUGAAGCAUCACGAGCGUGGGAGGAAAAGACCAUCACAACCUACUACACAAGUUCCCGCAGUCCCUUGCGACCCUAUCUACCCCAUUCCCCCUCGAUUGCAACUAGAUAGCGCAAUACAAGGCUAGAAGACCUUUCUUCUUGUCGAGAAGUGAAUCCUGGGGCGGUGUGCGAAACACCAGCAGGGGUUUCGUCGUUGGUUUUGUCAGAGGAUCUGCACGAUUCAAACCAGUUGGACAGUAGCAGAGAUCAUCAGCGUGAUCCUUGACCGAAUGCCAGCGCACUUGGAAGUGCUUGGUCUUCUUAGUUGGAAGGGUAGAUUCCGCCACGGUCAGACUGCUCUGAUUGUCGCAAAAGAUCUGAGGCAGCUGCGUAUUGGUCUGAAACCAAUCAGCAUAACCCUGAGACUGAACGAGCUGCAAAGUGUCAUAGAGAGCAAUGUACUCGCUUUCACAAGUACUAUGCGCCCUAAUCGACUGGCGACGACUCGACCAGGCUACCGGGCAUCCCCGAUAAAAGAGAAUGGAGCCGCUACUACUCCUAAGCGUAACAGUACACCCAGCAUAGUCAGCAUCCGAGAACGCAACCCACUCACGGAGUUCGCCUCUCUCCUUGUUGUGCUGAUCCAACUUCUGGACAUGUUGAGGCGUCGGCGGGCCUGUCCCCGCCCCCCACGUUGACUCCCGCGCAGAGGACUACGACGCCGCGGUUCCCACCUCGACGGUGGCCAGCUCGGAGUUUUGCGCUGCUGCUGGUUCCCACCACGAUUCGUAACCAGUUUGAGAUGAUUCAGACCUUCCUCGGCCUCGCUUCACCACCAGGUCCCGCCUCCGGAUAUUUAGCUCCGACGCCCGGCACUAUGGCGAUUCCGAUAGCUCGCGACACCUCCUCCCGUCCAGUAUCGCGGCACGCUCGCGGAAAAGACAGCUUUCCUACACCAAUCAUCGCGUCCCCGCUGGUGUCGCGCCCCACACCUCGACCUCGGCGACAUUGGUUCUGCCUUCACACCGUGGUGGCCGAUCAGACGAGUGGUUACGACGCCGAGGCUGCGCUCACGGCCCGCCUACGACCCCUCCCGCCAUGGAGCCAAAUUUGUGCCGAUUUCCAUCAUCCCAGACACACGAGCCGCUUACCGGCCUCUCUCUCGUCUUGCAUUUACUGCUUGACGCCCGGUUCCACUAAGGGUACCCUCCCUUUUUAAGUAUUCUAUUUCUGUGUGAGCUGUAUGUUGAUGGAAAUGCAUCACAAAUGCGGUCUACCAAUGCCGUGCACGACGCGGCACCGCCCGAUCUCGAUUUUAUUUUGCCGGUGAUGAUGACUGACCUUGAUGAGUGAAAAAUUACCGGAAAUAAAAAGUCUGUUAAUAGUUCAACUAGUCGAUCCUGCGCCACAUUGUAUGUAGUCUGUUGAGCCGCUCCUUCAGUGGACCACUUGUAUGUCUUGUUCCUCCUCGGCCGGUACCGAAUCGCUCCUUCGGGAAACCCGAGCUUCUGCCACCGUGAGACCGCUUCUCUCACUAUAGCAUUUUUUUUUCAAUUUGUAUAAACCCUCCCUCGGCCGUUUUAGAUUGUAUGACCGGCAGUCUAUCAUAUCGGCGUCCGUUACCAUUUUCAUUUUUUGAUAUUUUGUAGCUUUCACGCAAUUGUUACGACUUACCAUACCGCACGCACAGCGAGUUCGAGUCUUUUGGUUAUUGUUUUAGUGCUGAGAGAGGUACCUGGGAACCGCUUCUUCCCACGCGAGGUGAGACGCAAAUUUAGGCCUCGGCCCCCCGGUUUACCGGACCUGACCAACACUUGUCGGGAAGUUUCUUUGGACUUAGACUCAAUUGCCGGAGAAUACUCAGCCCCCUCUGUCAGAGUAUGCAACAGAUACCGCCCAACCCGCUUAGCCGCAGUGAUCAAAGCCCCAGUGGGAUUGGUCAUCAGCCUAGCCACCCGAUUGACUGCGAAGAGACAAUCCGGACGCGAUUGCGUAGCAAUGUAUUGCAAACCCCCAACCAGACUCCUAAUAGGGAAAUCUGGCUGCGUGGCCCCCUCUGAAAGAUCAGAGUAGACGCACGCAGUGGAAAUUGGUUUUCCCGCAUUGAUUUGAAACUUUUCAGCCAACUUGCGAGCUGCUUGCUCCAUGUCCAACUUCAUAUGCUGCUUCUCAGCAUUAUACAAAAGCCGAACGCCUAGGAUGUCCCUGAUUUCAGUAACACCAUCGGCAGCAAGUUCCGCUUUGAUGGUUUUACCAUCAAACUCACCAAGGAUCUCCUUGAUAGUGUCAUCUACUUCUUUCUGUGUAGGUGCACUGAUCAAGCUGUCAUCAACAUAGAUGGCCAGCGUCACAGAACCGCGACGGAAAAGACCAGGCUCACUAGGAUGGCGAUCCCAACCAUGCUUACGCAAGGAUGCAUCAUAGCAGUCAAACCACUUACGCGGCGCAAUCUUCAAGCCAUAGAGAGACUUAAGAAGGCGCAUGACAUCACCACGACUAUCCUUGUGCCAAUGCUUAGGCAGACGGAUGAACACUCGCUCGUCCUGACCAAGGUCACUACGAAGGAAUGCAUUACUGAUGUCAAACUGCCCAGUGCGUUUCUUGUUCGCAGCAGCAUCGACCAAAAGAACCCGACUUGCAGCGUGUGAGAUAGUCGGACUGAAGAUCUCAGCCUUGCUGGCCUUCGUCUGACGAUUCCCCAACGCCACGCAUCUGGCCUUGUAUCGACCGCAGCGCUUCUUGGUGUAAAUCGCCACGCGUGGCAUGAUCUCAUCGUCAUCGGGUAGCUUAUCCUCGUCCGAUACUGGCCUCCAGGACUGCAAAGCUUCCAACUGCAACUUUUCAAGGUUGACAGCCUCCUCCAUGUACUUAGCAGAGUCCGGCGCAGUAAGGGCAUGCUUCCGUGUAACUUGAACCGUCCACGCAAGAGCUUGCUCACCUUCCUCCAAGUCAUCAGAAAGUACUGAGCUUGAAAACGCGGCAGCUACUUCCGCAUCUAGUUCAAUCUUUUGCGCACCUGCCUGAUUCGCUGCAGCAUUGUUCUGACGCCUAGUCUUCCUGCCCUUGCGGGUAGACCAGUGCGGACAAAGCUCACGCGUGAGACCCGUCGGCCGACCACGACGUAGACGAACUUUGACCAUUGAACCACCACGCUUGACCCAUUUAAACGGAUUCAAGUCGUCGUCGAUCAAGUCUGAACAAUCAUGCCGAUCACCAGAAGGAUUGCUUUCGUUGAUCUCUUUGGACCAAUCAUGAAACUUACCAGCCCCCUCUGAAAGGUUGGGAAGUUCCCUCCGCUCGCCUAUUUCCAGCUGGAGACUACCAUCUGAAGGCUUGUCGGAGUUUUGGUCGCCAGUCUCCUUGUCAGGUUGCUCAAGUGGCACCGACUCAGGUAGACCCGACUCAGGAGAAACCUCAACAGGACCACUGGCCUUGUCUUGGUCAACCCUGUCACCCUGAUUCGAAAUCUCCAAAGUAGGAAACUCCUCAUCGAGUUUCUGUCGCUUAGCCGAAGGACUUACUUCAACCCCCGCAGGACGGCGCAAACUAUCUCCCGCCCCACCUCCAAGAAUCAAGCAGAGGCCAUGACGCCUCCUCUCAAUCAAGGCAGCAGAUGUGAGACUAGUCUGUCCCCCCUCCGGCAGCUGUUUCGGAUCCUGCUUAAGCUCCUGAAUGUCACUAAUGACUGCGUCUUCGAAGAAUUUCAUCGAGCUACUCUCCUCAACCACAAAGCGCCAUGCGUUCGUCUUGUCGCUGAAGCGCCAAAGACCAACCAGGAAGCUUGAGGAAGUACGAGAGUAACCGAGAAAGACUCCACGCUCAUAGCGAUCAUCCAGCUUUUGCUGUUGGGUAUGCACUUUGGCAUAGCACUCACAUCCAAAACGACGCAGAUGCUUUAUGGAUGCUGGACGAUUCCAACGCCGCUGGAAAGGACUAGACUGCGACUUCUUGCGCUGCAGUCUGUUAUAGACAUAGGCGACGAAGCGAGCACAGUACUCCCAUAGGCAUGGAUCAACGCCCUGCAUGUUGGACCUGAUGCCAUCGGCAAGUGUCCUAUUCCAUCUCUCCACCACUCCAUUCUGUUGCGGCUCAUAAGGAGAAGAAUGGAUCGGAAGAAUUCCGAAAUCUUUGCAAGCCUUUUUCCAAGAUGACUCAGCUCCUUUGAAAGUAGGCUCGUUGUCUGUCCUAACCCGUUCGGGUUUGCCGACGUCUUGAACGAACUUCCGCAGGAUGUCCCCACAGUCAGACUUCUUUUCAAUAGCAUAGACCUCGACCCACUUGGUACAAGAGUCCACAAUACUGAGAAGAUACUGAGCACCUUUGAGCGCCGCAGGAAGCGGAGGGACCCAAAAAGUCAGAAUCGACUUGCUCCAGGAACUUCUUGGCAAUAUGCUCCGGCGGCCUAGUAGGCUUGUGCGAUGGAUGCCUGUCCGUAGGACUUACUUUUCGCACAAUCUCGGCAAGAGCAGUCAAAGCCUUCGACUUUGAAAUGCGCAAGACGCCUGUGGAUAGUCAAUUUGGAACCGUAGGCGGCCCCAGCUGCUGCGCCAAUGGUAGCGAGCUGAGCCUGUGCCUCAUCCUCGAACGAAACAUCAAACACAGAUACACCGCCCUUGACUUCAAACUUGUGAGACUGACCACUGGGGUCGAUGAACUCGCGCCAACCAUUGGGAUCCCCUUGAGGUCCACAGUAGUGAAGCUGAGCCCCCUCACUCGCAGCGACUUCCAUUGAGAACAAUUCCCGAGACAACAUCGGAUGGAAAAGAUCAAACCGCAUGCCCUUGCUGUUCGGUUUGAGUUUACCAAUAGCACCUUUCACGUUGGAUGCUCCAUCCGCAGUGCUAAGAGAUUGAUCAACAGCUGGGCCAAUCCACUCGAAACGACUACGGACGCCCGACAUAUGGUGGCGAGCACCUGUGUCAAGAAUCAUCUCACACACGCUACUCGACUUCCCAUUCUGGCUCCUAGUAUUUUCACCUGAAAACACCUGCGCACUAGAAAGGGUCGUAGAUGCUGUGUACGACUUUGCCGGAUUGCUUUGCGCUUGAACGUUAGACGAGAAACAGGCGCGGGCGAACGAUCCAUAACGAAAACCAUACACGUGACGGCUCUCAUCCUCUACCUCAGAACAAACCAACUCGCUCUUCUCAUCUGGCUCGGCCUCCAAAAUGGGAGAAAGGGAGAACACAUGAUCGACCACCUGACCAGUUCGCUUACUGCGAGCAUGAAAAGAUCCUACCAACGCACCAGAGUUGUCACGUUCCAUAGAGGUGGAAAGUUCAUCAUCUUCAUCAUCAACAGCCCUCGGAGCAUCAGAGGCAGGCGCGGAAACUACCACAGCCAUAGCACCCUGAGCACCUUCAUCAUCAUCAUCCUGCUGCUUGCCUCCCUUCUUGGCUUUGUGCUCUUUGUUCAACUUCUCGAAGCGAGCACGCAGAUUCUUCGGAGCCUUGUUGGGAUGCAGCACCCAGCAACUGCCAGGCGGAUGAAUCUUGCUGCAGAUUUUGCACUUCUUUUUGUUCUUGUCUCCUCCCGGAGGCUUCAGAACAGCAUUAGCGUUGGCAUGCUUUUGCUUGUCCUUAACCGACUGCAACUCCUGACGAAGAGACUUGACCUGUGCAAUCAGAGCACGAGGAUCCUCUUCCUUGUUCCCUUUCAGAUUCUGCAACCCUUCAAACUCCUUCAGAGUGCGUUUGAUCGUAGGGAUGUCAGUCUGGUUCUGAGCCAACAGAGUACCGGCGACAGUGUUAAACUUGGAAUCGAGUCCAAUCAACACACUAGCCGCGAGGAGCUCAUCAAGCGAGAUCUUUCCCUGCAGGUCCUCCCGCGCAAUCCGCUGACGAGACUCCACGAACUCCUCAACAGGCGUGGAACCCUGGGGCAUCAAGAGUUUCUUUUAGGCUGCCAAACGGCUAGAAGCUUCCUGAGAGUUGAACUUCUUAAAGAUGCUAAGCAUGAUGCCGAACAAGUGUUGAUCAUCAGCUUGCUUCGCAGAUUGCAGGGGUAUGGUGGGGGCGAGAGGCAUGUAUGAGUUUUGCGAUGUAUUGGCGGAAAUACAUCGCAAAACUCAUACAUCAUACAUGGAAGAUUUGAGGAGAGCGCGACGGUUCCCAUGUACAAUGUAUGAGGUGCAAUACAUCAAUGCGUCAUACAUUGUACAUCGUACAUUGUACAUGGUCCAGUGUAUGACGUACGAUGUAUGACACAUUGCACAUUGGUGCAUUGUGCAUUAUGUACAUUGAUGUAUUGGACAUUGGACAUUGGACAUUGUACAUUGUACAUCGUACAUUGUAGGUCGUCGAGCUGUUCGAGCAGCUCGACAUCCGGGCCCAUGUCGAGCCGUUGUCGAGCUGUUCCAACAGCUCGAUAUCCGGGUGGGUCCAUGUCGAGCUGGUGGGGCAGCCGUGUCGAGCUGUUGCAACAGCUCGACAUCCGGGCCUCUGCCGAGCUGUUGCCGAGCUGUUGAAACAGCUCGACAUCCGGGCCCAUGUUGAGCUGUUGUCGAGCUGUUCAAACAGCUCUACAUCCGAGCCCGUGUCGAGCUGUUGUCGAGCUGCUCGAACAGCUCGACAUCCGGGUCCAUGUCGAGCUGUCGACAUCCGGGUCCAUCAUGUCGAGCCGUUGUCGAGCUGUUCCAACAGCUCGACAUCCGGGUCCAUGUCGAGCUGUUGUCGAGCUGUUCAAACAGCUCGACAAGCGAGGCCAUGUCAAGCUGUUGGAGCAGCCGCGUCGAGCUGUUGCAACAGCUCGACGUCCGGGCCUCUGCCGAGCUGUGGUCGAUGCACGAUGUACAAUGUACAAUGUACCAAGCAGGAUGCACCAUGUACAAUGUAUGAUGUAUGAUGUACAAUGUAUGAGGUACCCAGAGCGGAGAACUUGCGAUGUAUGAUGUAUGAGGUACCUACAGCGGAGAAUUUGCGAUGUAUGAUGUAUGAUGUAUGAGGUACCUACAGCGGAGAAUUUGCGAUGUAUGGUGUACAAUGUAUGAUGUAUAAUGUACGAAAGUGAGGCCGUUCUCCUCAAAUCUUCCAUGUAUGAUGUAUGAGUUUUGCGAUGUAUUUCCGCCAAUACAUCGCAAAACUCAUACAUGCCUCUCGACCCCACCAUAUUGGAUUGCAGCGCCGACGAACCCGCAGAGAGACUAUUGGCGACCUUCGUCUUCAAAGUCUUGACGGCUUUCGCAGCGUCUACAACACUCUGCAAGGCUUUCGCCUCAUUCACGGUCUUCGUACCCUUGCAGAUUGAUACCAUCCAGAACACCAUCUAGAUCAUGUUCCGCAAAAGCACUGGCGACCUUAUGCCACCAGUCAGAAUAGCUCUGACCGCCAUCACCGGAGAACUUCUCCAGAUCCAGCUCCUUGGACUUGUCUUGGGUGGGCAUGUUUUUGGUAUUCUUCGGAAACUAGUAGACAAACUCUAGAAACCUACUCGAUAAAAGAAAAUUGCAAGCAAUAGUAAAAGUAUACUACUACUGAGUCCACUAAGCUCUAAAAGCUCAAGGUGAGAAUGAUAGAACACAGAUACUCAGAAUACUAUAGCCGUGAUAGACUAAGAGCAUAUGCACCCGCUUCACUCACCUGAGUGGAUUUGAAAGAAUCAUGGUUCGAGGUUCUACUCCUCGGAGGUCAUUCAUGUCAUUUCGUGCUCAUCUUUCUUGUCAUUUGGAUCUCUAGCUAGCUUUGCUCUGAGAUCUACAAUGUAGGUCGUAUUCUGAUCCUUCCCUACACUGAGGAAAUUUGUAAAUGUAAUGCAUCUAUACGAGUGCGAUACUUUUGCAAUGCAUAGACGAGCGGCGACGGGUCCGACUUGUGGGAUGCCUCGUCUCAGGGGACCGGAGACAGCUGCCGGAUAUGGCUGAGACAGGCGCAGCAGAAUAGCAAAGACGAUUGCAAAGUUGACGGGCAGCUCCACGCUCGCACGUUCUGGCAAGCGCAGCCGCCGUGCUAUCAAAGUGAAAAAUCCCCCGCUCCCCAUAUUGAAACGGAAAUUUCUGUUGCUGGAUUUGUGUACACAAAUCAGCUUCGUCUUGCAGUGAGGCACUGCAGGCAAAGCCUCAGCCUGGGUAGGGGUGUUCUUUUGUAGGUGCUUAGCAUAGCAAAGGCCUUCGCUGUAGGCGCAACAGCAUUACAAAUCGCUGGCAUAAAAAAGCGGCGGCCUCUUUGGAUGUGCCCCCUUGCAAGAGAGACAGGAUUGGAUUUGUGAUCGCAAAUCAGCAUCACAGCAUGCCUUUUCAGUAUGGGGAGGGGGGAUUUUUCCUCACAAUACGUGCCGGUGCGAGGCGCUGGAGCAAGUCGAGGAGAAGGUGGCCGUGCGCCGUUAUUGAAAGGAAAAAUCCCCCCUCCCCAUAUUGAAAAGGUAUGACUUCGAAAAUUUGUGUUGCUGAUUUGAGGUCACAAAUCAUAUUUGUCUAGCAAGAAGACAAGGGCAGGAGCUUUCGCCCCAUUAUGGGAGCGAUUUGCCAUGCUGUUGGGCCUAAAGGGGAGCCGUUGGCUAUGCUGAACAACUAGACACAUACGCCCCGAUCUAGCCUGGAGAUCUGCCCGUAGUGCCUCUCUGCAAUACAGCGCUGAUUUGUGUACGCAAAUCCAGCAUCAGAAACGUCCUUUUGAUAUGGGGAGGGGGAUUUUUCCUUUUGAUAGCCGUGGCAGCCAGACCUUUAACGAGAAGGCAUCCAAAGACUCCGACUGGUUAACAGGCGCCGGCUUCGAGUGGAACAACUGUCCGCGGCUUGGCGACCCACUGUACGUGAGCAAGACUGGCGUGAUAUCCUGUGCAAGAACUACGUCCCCACGAUCCUACAUUCAAGACGACAGAUCAUCGAUUCAUUUGCUACGCAGGCCAGGAGCAGGAAGUUUUGGCUGUUUUGCAAUACAACAGUGGGUCUGUAAGUACUGCUCUAGUCGCGCGUCGCUCGUGCAGUGCCAUCUUAAAUCGAUCUUCUUAGCGAUGAGUCUGAUUACAGCGUGA